AUGUAUUACAUCUUUUCAGGAAUCAAUCUUGACUAUAAGACUGUGCUUUGGGCUCAAAUGGUCCAGAGUAACCUUUCGACUACACGACAUAACGGGAUUUCAUGUGCUCAUUUUUGGACUCUUGUGGUUCAAAGAGCUAUGGAUCGGUUCAACAUCCCAGUCAUGGAGGGUUCCAGUAUGGCCGCUAUUCAGAUUUUCCGCACCACCAACAUCAUCUUGGUUGAUAUUUCAAGAUUCACAUUCACCGGUUCCAUCCCUGAGACAAUGCUAUGUAAUGUUCCUGUAACAAGUGAAGUUGUCCAAACCUAUCGCAGUCUACCGGUCUCCGGUCUUCGACCAAUAAUAGAUGUUGUUUACAAGGCGGUGAUGAAGAGUUGCAAUGCUGAUGUGAACGCCUUACUCUCAGAUAUCAUUGAGACUUGUGAUUAUUUAAUCACGAUCACAGUUAAGAAGCAUCUGGCUGAAAAACUUAGGCCUGUGUUUGCGAUGCUCAAUAGAAUUGAGGGUAUUUUGAAGUCUGACACACUUCUGAAACAAGGGAGAGACACUGUGAAGCAAUCUACGAAAGAAACCACGAAACCAACUGAUACAACUGUAAAGCCAAAGUUAGAAAACGAACUGAAGGUUAAUGUAGCUUCGGGUUCGAAAGGUAAAGAGAAGCUUAUCAAUGAUAGUGAAGAAGAUGAGCCUGAUGAGCAUGAGAUGAAAUGA